AUGAAAAUGAAAGAAGAAGAAUUUGCCAAAUAAGAGGCAAUUAGAGAAGAAAAUGAAAAAAAAAGAAAAGAGUAACAAGAAAAGGAUGAAAAAGAAAGAGAAAGAAUAGAAGCAAAAGAUGAAGAGGAAAGCUUAAAAAAAGAAGAAGCAGAUAAAAUUGAGCUGAAGAAGGUGCUAAAAAAAACUGAGGAAGCUUAAAAGUAUCCUUAAAAUUAGGAUAAGGUGAAAAUCCAGCAUGAUGAAUUAUUAAAAAAUAGAUUAAUAAGGAAAUUUAAAUUUAUAUUAAUGUAUUUUUAUAAUACUCACAUCAUAAUCUAUCAGUUGAUAUGGCAUUAACUUUAAUGCCAUCUAACAAUGAAAUUACAUAAAUUUUGUAAGUCUUAUUUCUGUAUUUAAUAUCUUCAGAAGCAAAAAUUGGUUAAUUAGAUACUUUAGAGAGUUAACCAUCUUUGA